AUGGGAGGAUUUGAAGGGCUCGGAGUGACGCUGGAAGAAGCAUUAGGCAAGAUGAGGGCGGCAGCUGUUUUCCGGGCUUCAGAUGGAAAGAUACUUGAGGAGCGAUGGAAGCCGGAGGAGAAACACGAGCGGAGCAAACUGACGAGAGGUAGAUCUUCGGCUAUGGCGACUGAGAAGGGAGCAUGGGUGGUGAAGGAGCGUGAGCGAAGAUGGAUAUGA